GAUUUUCAAAAUAACAAAUGCAAUUAUAUAGAAGUUGGAUGAAUUAUUUAGCGCUGCGUAAUACCCUAAUAGUUACAUUUAUUUUUCAUGGGUCCAUACAUCCCAAAAAGAGGGACAACUGAGGAGGAACCAGAAAAAGAGGAAUUUAUUUCAAAAAGAUGCUUCACCAGCAGGGGCGGACUGACAACUCAUUGGGCCCCCGGGCAAUAGGGGAUCAUGGGGCCCCUGUGUCCUUGCCCACACUCAAACCACACCCAAAAAAGCCUAUGAAAGGUACCAGGGGCAUCUCAUGGGGCCCCCUACUGACCCCGGGCCCUCGGGCAGUGCCCGAGUUUCCAAAUGGUCAGUCUGCCCCUGGC